GUAGGAGGAUGUUCCGAAUGCUUACUCUAAGUAAAAUACAAAUAACUGAGAUAUUUUUCUAUCUAACCAAGAUCCGAUAAAAAAUAACACUUCGUUAUACUAAGUUAAUGGUCAUCGUUAAAAUGCCUCCUAGUCUUGACUUUGAAGAUUGUCUAAAGGAUUCUCCUAAAUUUCGGGCCAAUCUGGAAUCGGCAGAGUUGGAUAUAGAUCAGCUUGAAUUAAAGUUAGAAAAGGUUGUGCGACAGUGCCGGGUGUUGGUGGAUGCAGGCAAAAUCUACUACAAUGCAAACAGGUCCUUUGUGACAGAGGUUCGAGAAUUAUCGGGUUACUUCAAGCCAGCUGAUAAUGAAGUUUCGGAGUUGAUUGGAAGAACUGUGCAGUCUCUGGAGGAAUUGCAGAACUUUCUCAACAUAUUACUUGACCAAGCUCAGCGAUCGAUAUGUAAAAACCUAGACAGUUUCAUCAGAGACGAGAUCCGAAAGGUCAAGGACACGAAGAAAGUGUUUGAGAAGAUCAGCGAUGACCUGGACGCGGGCCUCGUGCGUAAUUCUGCGGCGAGCAAGUACCGGCCGGUGGAGGGUGAGGAGGCCCACAGCCUGCUGACAGCUAUGAGCUCGUGCUUCGCACACACCGCACUCGACUACGUCUUCCAGAUCAACGUACUGCACUCGCGCAAGCAGUACCAAGUGCUAGACAUCCUGCUGUCGUUCCUUCACGCACAAUCAGUCUACUUCCACCAGGGUCACGACUUCUUUGAACACUCCGACUGCUUCCUCAAGCAGACAGGUCUCAAGAUCGCAGCGUUGCGAAACCAGGCGGAAUGUGCGGAGCGGAGGAUGGAGGAGCGACACAGUCUAGUCCAGAAGAAGGAGUCACAUCCUUCAGUCGGACACGGACGUGCUCUGUCGGACGUGGAUCGACGCGUUGACUGAGAGCAUUGGCGCAGCGUUCCGCGACACGCUCCAUCCAUCAGAGUCCGCGCCCUCUCUCAGCGCAGCCGCCAAUGCCAAACCAAGUUGCACGCCGAACGGACGUCUGUCGACCAGUGACAGCGACCCAACCCUAGACACUACUGUCUUACCAAAACCAGCGAUAACCAGUCUGUGGCAGCAGGUCUUGUCGAUCCCAGGCAACGAGCGCUGUUGUGACUGCCAGGCGAAUGAGCCGAGGUGGGCCAGCAUCAACCUGGGCACCACGCUAUGCAUAGAGUGUUCGGGAAUCCACCGGAGCCUGGGUGUGCACGUGUCGAAGGUGCGCUCACUCACACUGGACGCGUGGGACCCGGAGAUACUGCAGGUCAUGCAUGAGCUGGGCAACGUCAUCGUGAACAGCGUCUACGAGGCAAACGUCAACGAGACGAAAGUGAAACGCGCAACACCGGACAGCAACAGGGCGGAGCGAGAGUUGUGGAUCCAGGCGAAAUACGUGCAGCGCAGCUUUGUGACGCGGUUGCCGACGGCGACGACGGACGGCGGCAUGCUGCAGCGAGGAGCGUUUAAGCGCUGGAGCGUGCGCAAGCUUCCCAAGCGUGCCGUCUCCCGUAGCAACGCCCGCGACAACGGCACGACAACAAAGGCAGGCGACGGGCUUCACCUGGAAGCCCUGAAGAUGGCGCCACCAUCCGGCAGCGGGGACAGUGUCGAAGCGAGCAGCAAUCAUGAGUCAGUCGGAGUUGCUGGUUCUAGCCCGCCGCAUGACGUAGGAUAUAGUACAGAGCUGCUUGUGUUUGGCACACCCCUGAGCAUCGACCGUCUCACCACCGACUUGGAGGUGGACAGCAGCUCAUGCGAGUCAAUAAACAGCUACAGCACUGUCGGCAGCGACUCGCUAACUGCGGGCGCCACCGUAGCCGACGACAUGUCUAGUCUGACUCCGGACCUGCUGCUGUAUCGGGCAGCGGCCGCUAGAAACCUACCUGUGAUCUUGGAAGCGUUGGCGAAGGGAGGAAAGUUGAUCUAUGGCAACCAGAAUGACAAUGGACAGCUACCGCUGCACCAGGCUGUGCGGAGUGGAUCUAUAGCAGCCUGUGAGUUCCUGCUGCAAAACGGAGCGAAGAUCGAUAGCAAAGACUCUGGCGGGCAGACAGCUCUUCAUCUUGCGACUUCGCUGUGCCACACAGGGCAGGUGUACUGACACUGAG